CAAUCCUCGCGGGCUACUUGAACCGAGAGAAAGCGUCGCAUGUUAUCCCGUGUCAAUGGAGGCUAGCUAGCUCGGUGCUGUUUAAACCCUCGUUGCCAUCUCAACACCGACUAUUUAGCCUGCGAAGCUAGCAGCUAAUGCUAGCCUCCCGUUAGCCGUCCACACAGGAUCCUCUGCAGCUUAUUCAGAUUUAUAUUAAUGCACAAGAGGACACAUCAGCAGCAGCAUUGUCAGCACCCCUUUUAAACAAAACAAACAAACUAAUACGAGUUCAGACUUGUGUGUUAAAGAGGAAACAUGUCCGAAGCUAGCGAGCUGCACAACCAGGAGAACAUGCUGUCACGACUGAGAGGCUCCAUGAAGCUCCGAGCUGCUGCUGCUGAGAACCAGGAGAACCUUCCCCCGAAACAAGCAGCUGCAGCCGGCGGGAGAACCGUGCUGGGGGCCCUGCAGAACAACCAGAGGAGCAGGAACCAGAACCAGAGCCAGAGAGGCUCCAAGCAGGAGUCGUCGCAGUCCUGCAAAAAUGAAGACCUGGGUAAAAGCUGCUCGGAGAAGCCUUCCACCAAGCCGGCGGCUUUCCAGAUUCAUAUGGAUGAGCCAGAUGGAGCCUGCAUCAAGAAGCCACAGCAGGUGGUCAAAGCCAAGUCCAUAUCUGAAGCCAUUGAUGCUGUGGCACAGCUCCGACAGCCCCUGGCCACCAUCGAUAUGCCAUCAGCAAUGGAUCUCAGCUUUGACUCUCCCAUGGACAUGUCUGUGGUUGAGGGGGAGGAGAAACCAGUCGAUGUAAACGAGGUCCCAGAAUAUGCUGCUGAAAUCCACACGUACCUGAGAGAGAUGGAGAUAAAAACCAGGCCCAAGGCAGGCUACAUGAAGAAGCAGCCUGACAUCACAAACAGCAUGAGGGCCAUUCUGGUGGACUGGCUGGUCGAGGUGGGAGAAGAGUACAAGCUCCAGAGCGAGACGCUCUAUCUGGCUGUAAACUACAUCGAUCGCUUCCUGUCCUCCAUGUCUGUCCUGCGGGGGAAACUUCAGCUGGUUGGGACUGCGGCCAUGCUGUUGGCUUCGAAAUUCGAAGAGAUCUACCCCCCAGAGGUGGCAGAGUUUGUUUACAUCACAGAUGACACCUACACCAAGAAGCAAGUGUUAAGAAUGGAGCAUCUGGUGUUGAAAGUGCUUUCGUUUGAUCUGGCAGCACCAACCAUCCAACAGUUUCUCACCCAGUACUACCUUCACCAGUCGGUUAACAAACAGGUCGAGAACCUGGCAAUGUACCUUGGUGAGCUCAGUCUGGUUGAUUCAGAUCCCUUCUUGAAGUAUCUCCCAUCACAUACAGCUGCUGCAGCCUACACCCUGGCAAACCACAUAGUGACAGGUGGCUCAUGGCCCAAGUCCUUGACAGAGAAGACGGGUUACUUACUUGAAGAUCUGAUGCCAUGUGUUGAGGAUCUGCACCGAACCUUCCUCGGUGCUGCACAGCAUGCCCAGCAGUCUGUUCGGGAGAAGUACAAGGGCCCCAAAUACUCAGAAGUUUCCCUCAUCGAGGCUCCAACUAAAUUGCUGCUGAACUAACUUUUUCCCCUUGUCCAUGUAGAGUUUUGUACCCUUGUCAGACAUUAAUAUUUUUUUUUUUUUUAAUGAUGUGUGCUACAAUUUGAAUGGCAUGGCCUGCUCUUCUUGGAGUAGCGCUGUUUAGAGUUUUUAAGGUAUUUUUAUACUCAAUCCUGACAUUCAUACCAGACGCUACAGUUGUGUUGGUUAAUCAAGCAGUUUUAAUGUUUUACUCUUAAUCACAGACAAAAUGUAGAGGUCUUUGAUCUACAGCAUCAAACUCUGAUAGACCUGUGAUGUACUAAAACCCAACUGUUUGUUCCACUUUUUUUUAAAAGGUCGAGUUGAUGGCAGUUAUUGCUGCUGGUUCAUCUUGAGAGGUGCAACCUUUAGGGCCUCAUGGGAUGCACAUUAAAGUACAUUUUGUCUGUAAUGGAGUCAGCUGUCUCAUUACACUGGUGUUUUGGAAGUUAACAGCUUUUUCAAAGCACCGUCUGCACUGUAAAAUAUGGCUCUUGUAAAUAAAAUUCAUUU